CAAAUAAAUUAAAAACUUUCAUAAUUAAAUUUGAAUACCUGUAUAUCUAAAAGUCUUAAUACGUGGAUUUAAGGGUCGAGAAAAAAGAUACGAAACGUAGGAUUUUAAUCCUGCGGUGGUUUCUUCUGCAGUCUUAGCUGUCAGUUUGGCUAGAGGCAGAAGGAGGAAGACGAGAAAGAUGGAAGGGAACAGGGAUGAAGCAGAGAAAUGUAUUAAUAUAGCAACUAAAGCCUUUGAAGCUGGGGAUAAGGAGAAGGCUUUGAAAUUCCUAAAUAAAGCGGAGAAACUAUAUCCAACCGAAAAAGCGAAGGCGCUGUUGGAUGUGCUGACGAAGAACGGCCACUCGGCGGGGAACGGGGCCUACUGCAGGCGGCCGGCGAGCAGCCCCAACGGGGACCCGCCCCGGCCCCAGAGCGAGAGCCAGGAGGCUGCUGGAGGAGACACAGCCAAGGCCUUCAGCAAGGAGCAGACAGAAGGGGUGCAGAAGAUUAAGAAGUGCAAGGACUACUAUGAGGUUCUGGGUGUCGCCAAGGACGCCGGGGAGGAGGAGCUGAAGAAAGCCUACAGGAAGCUGGCGCUCAAGUUCCACCCGGACAAGAAUCACGCACCCGGAGCCACGGAGGCCUUCAAAAAGAUCGGCAAUGCCUACGCGGUGCUCAGCAACCCAGCCAAGCGGAAGCAGUACGACCUGACGGGAGGGGAGGAGCCAGCCAGCUCGGGCCACGCCCACGGAAACUUCGACUUCCACCGGGGCUUCGAGGCGGACAUCACCCCUGAGGACCUGUUCAACAUGUUUUUCGGAGGCGGUUUCCCAUCCUCGAGUGCCCACACAUUCACUAAUGGCCCGACGCAGUACAGUCAGCACCACAGCAACCACACGAGGCAGGAGAGGCAGGAGAGGGGAGAUGGUGGCUUCUCCAUGUUCAUCCAGCUAAUGCCCAUCGUGGUGCUGAUCCUGGUGUCCAUCUUGAGUCAGCUGAUGGUGUCCAAUCCUCCAUACAGCCUCUACUCCAGACCGUCCACAGGGCAGACCGUCAAGCGGCAGACGGAGAACCUGCAUAUAGAUUACUACGUCACCAGGGACUUCCGUUCUGAGUACAAGGGGACGACUCUGCAGAAGGUUGAGAAGAACGUCGAGGAUGAGUACAUCUCCAACGUCCGAAACAACUGCUGGAAGGAGAAGCAAACAAAAACGGACCUGCUGUACGCCGCCAAGGUCUACAGAGAUGAGAGGCUGCGCAGGAAGGCAGAGCUUAUGAGCAUGGACAACUGCAAAGAGCUAGAGAGACUGAACAACUUAUACCGUGGUGGAUGAGCUCAUUCUAGCCGGACUCGUAUAUCUAUAUCUAUAUACAGAUAAUUAUAUAUAUCGAGGCUGUGUGUGUGCAUAUAUACACAGCCACAUUUUUUAAGGAAAACCAUGUAAAUACAACUGAAGGUAAAUAAGAAAUUAUGAGGGAGGGGGUGGAAUUAGCCUUACUGUGAAAGUUCAUCUAAGAUGCCCGACUCCUGCUUCUUUCCCUGGAAAAUCACCUGCACUUUGAUGAACCAAAACCACAGCCAGCUUCCAGAUACUACUGAGUGCAACUUGCAUUCCCCCCCCCCCUCUUUACCUGGAAUAAAACAUUUUUCUUGGGGGGGAGGCGCGUUCGGUUCCGGAGGGAGUUUGGCUGUGAAUGCACAGUGUUUUGCACAAGCUCUCUCUUAGGUCUACGUUGUUCAGUUUACAGCAUUUUCAUGUUAUAUUAAUAGUUUUUUUUUCCUCGAAAACCGCAUUAAAGAUACGCUGCCCCUUUCUGGCGACCGGUAGAAAGGCCAGCGCCUCGCGGAGCCGCACUGCAGCCUUCGCCCACUGUUGAGGAAUUCCCUAGGGGAGGAGCAUUGACUGCACUGUAAAGAGCAUCUUAACAUAAUUCGUGAACUGUCGGAAGAUGGACGUCAAUUCAUUUUAUUGAGCGAGUUUGUAAAUAUUUUAAUUUUGACAGUUUGAACCUACAGAAGUCUUAUUUAAAUAUUAAGGUAGCCAAGGUAGAUGUCUGUCUCACGAAUAAUUUGAAUAAAGUCUAAGUUAUUACUGAAA